AUGGUUAGGAUUGCACUGUGGAUUUCUAAAAUAGUAUACACUGAUUUUAUUUCUUCAGUCCUGUAUGACUUGGAAAUCACCAGUGACGGCCCCAUCACGACAGAAGCACAGGCUACGAUUCAUUCCACGUUGCGCAUGACGAAUGGAGGCGACUCGCCCAUUAGUGACCGGAAGUACAAUUUCAGCUGGGUUUAUGCCCCUUUGACUUUGGUAGAGAGCUCCGAGCAUGGCGUGGACUCCACAAUUAUAGUGACCAGCCCAUUUCCAGGAGUCUUUCCUGUUUCCGUCCAGGUGAUGCGCACAGACUGCUGGCUCUGUCAGACCAUUGCAAGAAACCUAACGGUGUUAGAGGUGUCAGAGUUUAUAGUAGGGAAUGUGUCCAUUACCCAAACAGAGGACCAUGAGUUACUUGACAAACUUGACUCCCGAUCUCCAGCAGGCACUUUGACCCGGAUAUCAUUCUUACUUCAUGACCCAAGUAAUUAUUUCAAGUCAGCUUCAUUCACUUACAAAUGGGAUUUUGGAGAUGGAACCGAGAUGACAACAGAACACCCCACUGUCUACCACAAUUACCCUGCUGUUGGGGUUUGCACCGUGAACCUGGAGGUGGCAGCAGAAUGGAGACAAGAUGGGACCAGGAUGGAGCAUCGAAGGAAGAUGGUCCAGAAAACAGGGCAUUUUUCUGCUGCGUUGGAAUUGAUGGAUGCUGUCAGAGGUAUUAACAUUGUCGGAUCCACAGAGGCUCAUGUGAUGGAAAACUUAAAUUUAUCACUGCAUGUCCAAGGCAGCCUGCCUCUCCACUUGUGCUGGUUAAUCAAGACCGAAUGCGUUCCGCUCGACAGGGACCACUGCCACCUGGUGGCGAUGAACGCUACACACUACAAUCUGAGCCACGUCUUCAAGGACGCCGGGCAGUACUGCCUUAGCGUGCGAGUGGAGAAUGGGGUCAACAUGUUGCAGUCGUACCAGGAGAUUCAAGUGAGGCCGUCAGGCAUCCACCCAGCUUUCUUAGCCCUGCCUUGCAUCACCCUUUUAUCAGCCAUGCUGGGAUUAGCUGCCUACGUGACGUUCCGGAGCAGCACACAGCAAAAGGAUCUUGUGGAGGUUGCCGAUUUUGACUUCUCCCCAAUGUCCGACACCUCGCCUUCCGGCCCUGAGUGGAGCUGCCGCCAAAUGUGUUGCGAAACCUGCUGCCUCUGGCCAUCUCAGGAGUCUUGCGAGACGAUCCGAGAGCAUCGCCGCCUCCUGCGCCCUUUGCGUGAGCCAGUGAAAAUGUACACCAUGUGAAUCAACGUAGCUUUGUUUGUCUUAUGCUG